UUUCAAAGACUUUUCAUGACAUUAUAUUCACUGGUCUUUCUAUAUAUACACCUGAUUCAUUCUUUCUACCAUCAACCAGCAACAAAGCAAUCCAAUAGCUUUAAUCUUGCCAUACAUCUCUUCAAAAGAAUUCAAACUUUCAGAAAACACAAAAUAGAAAUGGCUUUGGUGAGAAGUCUAUUGGGUGCAAAGAAGAUUCUUGGCCGAUCCGUCACAGCAGCUUCCACGAGCAAAAGAGCAGCCUCGGCAGCACCUAAAGGGUUUCUUGCGGUAUACGUAGGAGAGAGCCAGAAGAAGAGAUAUGUGGUGCCAAUCUCAUACUUGAGCCAGCCUUCAUUUCAAGCACUUCUAAGUAAAUCUGAGGAAGAGUUUGGGUUUGAUCAUCCGAUGGGUGGCUUAACGAUCCCUUGUCCCGAAGAUAUCUUCAUCAACGUAACGUCAAGGCUCCAAUGAUGACUGUCCAAAUCUUUUCUUCUUCUUGAGUUAGCAAUUUGUCUCCAUUGAGUUAGCAAUGGACUUAUUCAUUGUAAAUCAUUGUAUAUUAUAGGACUUUUUUUUUCUCAUCUUCCUCCGUUUUGAAAGAAUUGUUGAGACUUGAGAGAAUGAAUACCAUUUCUUAUGAGUUAUGAGACAGGCA